AUGGUCCUUCAUUUCAACUCCCUUUUUGGCCUCCCUGUCAUACUCCUCCUGUACCACUGGAUGGGUUCGGCUGUGUCUUUGAAUCUGGAAGAUCCCAAUGUGUGUAGCCACUGGGAAAGUUACUCAGUUACAGUGCAAGAGUCAUAUCCACAUCCUUUUGAUCAGAUUUACUACACCAGUUGUACUGACAUCCUAAACUGGUUCAAGUGCACACGACACAGGAUCAGUUACCGCACCGCCUACAGACACGGUGAGAAAACGAUGUACAGGCGCAAAUCCCAGUGCUGCCCUGGAUUCUAUGAGAGCAGGGAAGCGUGUGUCCCUCACUGUGCUGAUAAAUGUGUCCAUGGCCGUUGCAUUGCUCCCAACACCUGUCAGUGUGAGCCUGGCUGGGGAGGACCCAACUGCUCCAGUGCGUGCGACAGCGACCACUGGGGACCCCACUGCAGCAGCCGCUGCCAGUGCAAGAACGGGGCCCUGUGCAACCCCAUCACGGGGGCCUGCCACUGCUCUGCAGGCUUCAAGGGCUGGCGCUGCGAGGAGCGCUGCGACCCCGGCUCCUACGGCAACGACUGCCAGCAGAAGUGCCAGUGCCAGAACAGAGCCACCUGCGACCACGUCACCGGCGAGUGCAAGUGUCCCCCCGGAUACACCGGCGCCUUCUGUGAGGACCUGUGUCCCCCCGGGAAGCACGGCCCACAGUGCGAGGAGAGGUGCCCCUGCCAGAACGGAGGCGUCUGUCACCACAUCACCGGGGAGUGCUCCUGCCCGCCGGGAUGGAUGGGCAUGGUCUGUGGUCAGCCUUGUCCUGAGGGUCGUUUUGGGAAGAACUGCUCCCAGGAGUGCCAGUGCCACAACGGAGGCACCUGCGACUCGGUGACGGGCCACUGCCACUGCAGCCCAGGCUACACAGGGGAACGGUGCCAGGAUGAGUGCCCAGUGGGGAGCUACGGGCUGCUUUGUGCAGAGACCUGCAAGUGUGUGAAUGGUGGGAAGUGCUACCACAUCAAUGGUGCCUGUCUCUGUGAGCCAGGCUACACAGGGCAGCACUGUGAAACCAGGCUCUGCCCCGAGGGGAUUUAUGGCCUCAAGUGUGAUAAAAAGUGUCCCUGCCACAUGCCCAACACCUGGAGCUGUCACCCCAUGUCUGGGGAAUGCUCCUGCAAGCCAGGCUGGUCUGGGCUGUACUGCAACGAGACGUGUUCGCCAGGCUUCUACGGGGAGUCGUGUCAGCAGAUCUGCAGCUGCCAGAACGGGGCCGACUGCGACAGCGUCACUGGGACCUGCACCUGUGCCCCCGGAUUUAAGGGUGCAUCUUGUGGUACCCCUUGUCUCCCUGGGACAUAUGGAGUGAACUGCUCCUCCGUGUGCAGCUGCAAAAACGGGGCCACUUGUUCUCCUGUGGAUGGCUCUUGUGCCUGCAAAGCAGGUUGGCAUGGUGUGGAUUGCUCCAUAAAUUGCCCCAGUGGCACGUGGGGACUGGGCUGUAACCUGACCUGCCAGUGUCUUAAUGGAGGGGCUUGCAAUGCUCUGGAUGGAACCUGUACCUGUGCCCCAGGAUGGAGGGGAGAGAAAUGUGAACUCCCUUGCCAGGAUGGUACCUACGGCCUGGACUGCGCCGAGCGCUGUGACUGCAGCCACGCCGACGGCUGCCACCCCGUCACGGGCCACUGCCGCUGCCUCCCGGGAUGGUCAGGUAUUCACUGUGACAGUGUGUGUGCUGAGGGACAGUGGGGUCCAAACUGUUCCUUGCCUUGUUACUGCAAAAAUGGAGCAUCCUGCUCUCCAGAUGACGGGAUCUGUGAGUGUGCACCAGGAUACAGAGGCGCCACUUGCCAGAGAAUCUGCUCGCCGGGGUUCUACGGCCACCGCUGCAGCCAGACCUGCCCCCAGUGCGUGCACAGCAGUGGCCCCUGCCACCACAUCACUGGCCUGUGUGACUGCCUGCCUGGAUUCACAGGAGCCCUCUGCAAUGAAGUAUGUCCCAGUGGCAGAUUUGGGAAGAACUGUGCUGGAAUAUGCACCUGCACCAAUAAUGGGACUUGUAAUCCUAUUGAUAGAUCCUGUCAGUGCUACCCUGGAUGGAUUGGUAGUGAUUGCUCUCAGCCUUGCCCACCUUCCCACUGGGGACCAAACUGCAUCCACACGUGCAACUGCCACAAUGGAGCUUUCUGCAGUGCCUACGAUGGGGAGUGCAAGUGCACCCCGGGCUGGACUGGCCUUUACUGCACACAGAGGUGUCCCCUGGGCUUUUUUGGGAAGGACUGUGCCUUGAUCUGCCAGUGCCAGAACGGAGCCGACUGCGACCACAUCAGCGGGCAGUGCACGUGCCGGACGGGCUUCAUGGGGCGGCACUGCGAGCACAAGUGUCCCCAGGGCACAUACGGGUAUGGAUGCCGUCAGAUCUGUGACUGCCUGAACAACUCCACCUGUGACCACAUCACAGGGACCUGCUACUGCAGCCCAGGCUGGAAAGGGGCCAGGUGUGAUCAAGCUGGUGUGGUUAUAGUGGGGAACCUGAACAGCCUGAGCCGUACCAGCACUGCCCUCCCUGCUGACUCCUACCAGAUAGGAGCCAUAGCUGGCAUCAUCAUUCUCGUCCUGGUUGUGCUCUUCCUGCUGGUGCUGUUCAUCAUUUACAGGCAGAAGCAGAAAGGGAAGGAGACACACAUGCCCACCGUGACCUACACCCCUGCUAUGAGGGUCAUCAAUGCAGAUUACACCAUUUCAGAUACCAUCCCUCAUACCAAUGGUGGAAAUGUCAACAGCCGCUAUUUCUCUAACCCCAGUUACCACACUCUGACCCAGUGCUCCAGCCCACCCCAUGUCACCAACAUGGAGAGACUGACCUUGGCAAAGGCAAAAACCAGCCAGCUGUUUGUGAACCUGAAAAAUGCAGAGCCUGGAAAACGAAGCGUUAUCAUGGACUACACAGGAACACUGCCAGCAGACUGGAAACACGGUGGCUACCUCAAUGAGUUUGGUGCAUUUGGACUUGAUAGGGGAUAUGUGGGGAAGUCCCUGAAAGACCUGGUGAAGAACUCGGAGUACAACCUAAGUAACUGCUCACUGAGCAGCUCUGAGAACCCCUAUGCUACCAUCAAGGACCCACCAGUUCUGGUGCCAAAGAGUUCGGAAUGUGGCUACGUGGAGAUGAAGUCCCCGGCGCGCCGCGACUCCCCCUACGCCGAGAUCCCCGGCUCUGCCACAGCCAGCAGGAACGUCUACGAAGUUGAGCCCACGGUGAGCAUCGUCCAGGGCGCGUUCGGCGGCGGGCGCCUCGGCCAGGAUCCCUACGACCUGCCAAAAAACAGCCACAUUCCCUGCCACUACGACCUGCUCCCCGUCAGAGAGAGCCCCACGCCCUCCACAGAGGGGGUCAGCAGCAAAUGA